AAAACACGAGCCGAAAAUUUCCACAGCCCUUUUUCUUUUCAGUUUCCUUUAAAAAGCUACCGAUUUGAUGAGUCUGUUUCUGUAACGAGAAAAAACGAGUGAAACCAAAAGGUCUCUCCUUUUCCACCGAUCGAGAAGUGUUUCUCUUACAAAGUCGAGACCUUUUCUCUCUCUCUCUCUCAGUGUGGUGAUAAUGGCGAGUGAUCUUGCGAUUGACACCGAGAAGUACUCUCUCUUAGAGGCUUUCAAUGUCGAUGUCGAAGUGGAGAAACAAGAGUUUGAAACGUUCUCUCUUUGCUUCUGGGUUUAUCUCUUGGAUUCCACUACGUACCCUUCAACAAUCAUCAGACAGGUUCAUUCCGACAUGAGUUUUAGUGCGCCUUUCCUUGUUUUAGAUGAGAACAAGAAGAUGAUCCUUUUGCCAUUGACUCUGUUUCAUAAGGAAGCUCCUGAUCCUGUUAACACUGCUUCUUGGACUGAGGUUCCUAAUGUUUCCACCACUGCUGAGUUUCCUCUUCAGAGAUGGGUUCAUGUGGGUUGUGAGGUUUCUAGAAACUACAUGCGUCUUUAUAUAUGUGGAGAGAUGGUAGGAGAGAAAGUGUUGACUUCUGUAAUGAUGACCAAUGGAGCAAGUUCGGAUCAUGUGCGAAGGGUUUCGUUGUUUAGUGUUGGUGGAGAUGGUUAUAGCGUUCAAGGUUUCAUCCACUGUGGAGAAGUUUUGCCGUCUACUGUCCAUGUAAACCAUCAUUACACAAAGGACCCACCUCUAUGUUUAUCUGUUGAGAAGCCAUCUACUUGUGAAAUAGAUGAAGAUGGUGUUUGGAGUAUCGUUGGCGAAAAGGCAUCUUGUGGGAUGAUUUUUUCCUUGGAUGUUGUUUUAUCAAAUGCUAUUGGACAACCUGUGCGGAAGGAUGUGCAGGUUGUGGCUUCUCUACUGUAUGCUAAUAGCGGGACCCCUGUUGAGAAGACUAGUGACUUGGAAGCUCCUCUUUUGGUAAGCUAUGACGGAGUUGAAUUCUCAGCGGAAGAUAAACCGUGCAACUUAUUGAACGGAUGUGCUUCCUUGAAGCUCAAAAUAUCUCAGGUACAUUAUUCCAAGUGUGACAAGAGACUGUUCUGCAUCAAAUUCGAAAUACCGAACAAGAGUUCUUAUCCCUUCCUCGAAGCUUUUACCAACCAAAUGCGUUGCAUCUCAAGGACCGGUGGUGAUUCUGUUACACCUAAAAGGUUGAACCACAUUGACCACCAUCCUUUAGUUGAAGGAGUGCCAUCAAUUAAUGGAGCUUCAGAUAGCUCUUUGUCUAUGAAACGAAUCAAAUUAGGAGAAGAAAAGGUUCCUGAGAGUGAGGUAAAUCCAGUUUCUCUCCAUGGUACGAGUAUGGAGUGGAGACCUCAGAACCAGGACGAGGAAGAAGAAGAAGAAGGAGAAGAAGAAGAGGAAGAUCACUCUUCAACAGACUCAGAGAACACUGAAAUUAGAGGCUCGACGGGUUCGAGAAAAUAUACAAUCUCAGACUCUACGAUUUUCAGAUACUGCCUUGGAAACUUAACAGAGAGAUCUCUUCUUCUCAAGGAGAUCACAAACAACUCAGGGGAUGAGGAAGUUUCUGAAUUUGCAGCUCAAGUUUCUCUCUACUCCGGCUGCUCCCAUCACGGUUAUCAAAUCAAAAUGGCAAGAAAACUGAUAGCCGAAGGAACAAAUGCGUGGAUUUUGAUCUCUCGGAACUAUCAACAUGUUCAUUGGGACAAUGUAGUGAUUGAGAUUGAAGAACAUUUCAUGAGGAUAGCUAAAUGCAGCAGUAGAUCUCUCACUCACCAGGAUUUUGAGCUUUUGAGGAGGAUAAGUGGAUGCUAUGACUACGUAACACAAGAGAAUUUUGAGAAAAUGUGGUGUUGGUUGUUCCCUGUUGCUUCUUCUAUAUCCAGGGGAUUGAUCAACGGGAUGUGGCGCUCUUGUUCUCCUAAAUGGAUAGAAGGGUUCGUUACAAAAGAAGAGGCGGAACAUUCACUUCAAAGUCAAGAACCGGGUACUUUCAUUCUCAGGUUCCCUACUUCAAGAAGCUGGCCACAUCCUGAUGCUGGUUCCUUGGUUGUGACUUAUGUUGGUCAUGAUUUCGUGAUUCGUCAUCGAUUACUUGCUGUCGAUCACAUCUGCGAUUCAAGUGAAAGGUAUACAGAUGCAAAACCGUUGCAAGAUAUGCUAUUGGCAGAACCUGAGCUAUCUCGGCUUGGAAGGAUUGUAAGGAGCAUUUGAAUGUCAACACAUACUGCACGAUUAAGACAAACAACGGUUGUUAUUAAGGUUUCCUUGAUACUUUUUGCUGAUAUAUAAUUAGAUCUGCUAAGUCUCUUAUUGAUACUAACUUUUGUAAAGUUCAGUGACUUGGAAAUUAAUUAGUGGAAACCUAUUUGUGUUUUUUUGUUUAAUAUAAAAAAUCCAGUCUCCGACAAGAAAGAAAGGAGUAGUGAAAUUUGCUUCGUAUGCUGGAGUAUAUAUUGUAUUGCGUGGCCCAUGUACUCCCCUAACUACUGCUUGGUUGGGGCAUAAAUGCUAUGUCAUAUACUAUUAUAGUCUUAUAUAGUACUAAAGAAAUUAUUUAAAGUUAAAAGUUAAUCACAUAUUCAGACAUAAUUUACAUGAUCUUUUUUAUUUGUAGAGCUCAUUUUUAGUAGGUUUGAUGAUGUAUAAUGCAUCUGACAAGAUUACAUAACUAAUUUUUUUAGUUGUAACUAAUUAGCAUGAAGAGAUCAUUAUAAACAUGAGUAAAUGGAAUAGAGUUGUAAGAUAACUAAAAGAAAAUUAAUAAUCUAACUGAAAACUAUACAAAUGUAUGGAAUUCAUUAUUUUGUCAGUGUAGUUAACCAAAUUUGAU